AUUUCACCCCAUUCAUUUCACUUCAUCUCAUUUCAAUUCAUUUCACUUCAUGUCAUGCCAUGUUUCAUAUUAAUCAGUUUAAUUUCAUUUCAUAAUAUCAUAUUUCAUAAAAAAAUAUAUUACAAAAGAUUAGGCUGUAUGGUGUGAUACCUUUUUACCUUUCUAUUUGGAAAAAUAAAACUACUACUACUAAAAUAAUGACGUUUGACAGUUUUGUUUCAGAACGAACGCCUCGUCAGCCAAUAUUAGCCAUUAUUCCGUUCGCGGCAGCCAUCAUUGAUCUUGUUGAACAGAAAAAUGGCGAAAGUCAGAAUUGCCGCCGUCGUCACAUGUAUGCCGGUUAAAUUGCAAAAAACUGAUGUCAGUUACUUAAUGUUUACUCGUACUAUUCCAUAAGUUUAAGGAUCAGGCGAUCAUAAAAUAGCUGCACACGUUUAAUAGCAGUUCCCAGCGUAGCAUUCGAUGUCAGCGGUUCCUAGAAAAAGAUGGCUAAAUUCGAUUCAUCGAUCACAGAUGAGUAACACGUGUGGAAAAUACAAAAAUACCGAAUGAGAAGAGUUGGUGGCGUGGUCGAGAGAACUGUUUCCUUGUUCCGGCAACGCGGUGCUCCCAACCAAUGACCGAGUUCGUCGAAGGCUGGGUUGUCGCGCAGGUGCUUGGUGAAGGCGCCUAUGGAGAGGUUCGGCUGCUGGUGCACGGCGCGUCGGGCGCGGCGGUGGCGGUGAAGGCGGCCCAGGGCUCGGGCGGCGCGCGGGAGGCAGCCCUGCAGCGCGCGCUGCGGCACCCCCACGUGCUGCGCUGCUUGGGCGAGCGCACGCAUCUGCAACAUCACUACGUGUUCCUAGAGUACGCGCAGGGCGGCGAGCUCUUCGACAGAAUCGAGCCCGACGUGGGCAUGGACAGCGACACUGCCCGGCGCUACUGGCGCGAGACGCUGAGCGGCCUGGAGUACCUGCACGCGCGCGGCGUGGCGCACCGCGACAUCAAGCCCGAGAACCUGCUGCUCGACCACCACGACCGCGUCAAGAUCUCCGACUUUGGCCUGGCCACCGUGUUCCGCCACGGCGGCCGCGAGCGCAUGCUGUCCCGCGUGUGCGGCACCCCGCCCUACGCCGCGCCCGAGGUGCUGUCGGCCGCCCAGCGCCCCUACCGCGCCGCGCCCGCCGACCUGUGGUCCGCCGCCGUCGUGCUCGUCGCCAUGCUCGCCGGCGGUACGUACCCGCGCCGCCCCGCCCUCACCCCCGCCGCCGUCGUGCUCGUCGCCAUGCUCGCCGGCGAAUUGCCGUGGGAGCGUGCGUCGCAUUCGGACGCGCGGUACGCGGCGUGGGUGGGGGGCGCGGCGGACGGGGCGGACUCGGCGAGAGCGGGCGCGGCGGACUCUGCGAAGGCGGGCGCGCCGUGGCACAAGCUGCCGCUGCGGUGCGCGUCGCUACUGCGUGCGGCACUGCACCCCGACCCCGCGCGGCGCCCCGCUCUGGCCGACGUGCUCGCGCACCCCUGGACCAGGGACCGCACCUCAGGACCUUUGAGGGACGAACCUCGCGCGUGGUGCUCGCAGCCGUCCUGCGGCCCGGGGCCCGCCUCGCCCAACGAGCUGUCGCAGGACGACAUGGAGGCGCUGCUGUGGCACUCGCAGCCCGCGCACGCCGACGAGCUCGUGGUGGAGGCGGCCGUGUCGCAGCGGCUGGUGCGGCGCCGGACGCGCGUGUGGCUGCGCUGCGGCGCGCGCGAGGCGCUGGCGGCGCUGGAGGAGGCGGCGCGGGCGGCGGGGCUGGCGGUGCGGGCGCUGCACGUGCGCGUGCGCGUGCUGGCGGCCGCGGAGCUGCGCGUGCGCGCGUGGGCCGCGCCGCUGCCGCCGGGCCACGAGGCGCGCGCCGUGCUGGAGUUCCGCCGCUCGCGAGGAUGCGGGCUGCAGUUCAAGCGCUGCUUCCUGCGGCUCCGCGCGGCGCUGCAGCCGCUGGCCGCGCCCGCGCCCGCGCUGGGGCCCGCGCUGCCGCUCGCCGAGCCCAUGCUGCAGGACGCGGCCCCGGGGCCCGCAGAUUGAACCUGAUGUGUGCGUCAGUUGUGAUUUGAACCAAAAAUUCUGUGCCUUGCAAAGUUUUAUAUUUGUGAUAUUUCAGUACAUUGAUUUUUUUAUAAUAAAGAUAGAUGUUGAAUAAA